CUUACCACCCCACAAUCAGGCUUGUUUUUUUUGUGUAGUUGCAUUUGACUGUCUUGUGCUUUCUGGCAGGUUGAAGGCAGUAAACGAUGAGGUAUGAGGAUAAUAAUCAAAAUUUCUACUUGUUGUCGGUAGUGUACAGUGCAUCGUUUGGAAAAAUCGGAAGUACUUGCAUUUUACGUCGCCAUCCGCAUUCGGUUUUAAACAAAAGUGUACAGCAAUAGCGAAAAUGUGCAAAAAGUGCGUGUACUUCCUCGUGUAAUACUGUCAAAGCUCUCGAACUACAACAAACUCCACUGAUAUUCAGGAGGGUUGCGUCGAGCAAGAGACUGAGAAAAAGGUAUUUUGUCCAUGUGCUUGAGUACAAUGGGCCGGCAGAGUUCAUCGGUGAAAUCAUCCCUUCGUCAGGCGACUCAGGCGACUGUUCAUAGCCUUGACUACUGCUAUGAAAAACAUACAGAUAGUCACGAAUCCUCAAGACUUUGACAGUCUCCGAAUUAUUUUCAAGAAUGUUAACAUCCGUCCGUACAGUCACACCCUAGGCACACCGGAAUUUCAUUCAUCAGCCCUCGCUUAUCCAACGCAGAAUAAGUUGUCUGGGUCGCUGGUGGGUCUGGCGGUGGGCGAUGCUGUUGGGGCAUCGAAUCCGCUAAGUAUGUCCGUGAGAAUUCACCAAUCGAAAUGCGUGCAGGUGGGACAUGGAGUUUGGAGGUCGGUCAAUGGACGGACGAUACAUCGAUGGCUUUGUGUCUUGCCGCCAGUCUUCUGAUGACCGGCGAGUGUGAUCCGUUUGAUCAGACAAUGCGCUAUCUGGCCUGGUACGAACGCAGUUAUUUGUCGUCCAAAGAAGGAGACGGACCGGCGUUUGAUAUCGGUAUCGGCGCAAAACACCUUAGAUAAAUUUUCUAUGUGGCAGGAUAGUGUGCUUUUAAGUUUGGCCAGGACAGAAAAUAUCGAUGUUUUGAACGAAAAGUACAAUUUCGAAGGAAGUGUAUAUGACGCAGUUAAGAAAGAAUUCUCUUCCGUCGAAAGUUUCGCAAAUGCCGACACAGGUGGAAACGGAGGAUUAAUGCGUCUUGCGCCAAUUCCGAUAUUUUUCUAUAAAGACACCAAUAGCGCCAUACAAUAUGCAACCGUUAGCUGUGCGACAACACACCGUGCCGGGUUCGCCAUCGAUGCCUGCAAACUGCAUGCGGCUUUAAUCUGCGAAGCAUUGAAGCUGAAUUCGAGCAAAUCCGCAUUGCUAGACAACGAUUUUUAUAAGAAAUUCUUUGGGUUGAAAGAUCUUAACGAGGAAAUUUUGGAGAUUGCCAAAGGAUCAUACAAAACUCCGGCCGACGCUCCACCCGAAGGCACCAUCGGUAACGCCAACGGCAAAGCGUCCAAAUCUCUGAAAGCGGCACUGUGGGCCUUCCAUGAUGGUAACAGUUUCCAACGUGGGUGGAGCUUGCGGUUGGAUUAGGCGGAGAUACCGGUACAAUUGCGGCUAUUUAUGGACAGUUGGCGGGAGCGUUGUACGGGCACGAACGAAUUCCACGGAAAUGGCGUAAAAAGUUGUUUAAACACGAUUUUAUACGAGAUCUGGCUCUUCGUCUUGGCGAACGGGGAACUCCGCUAUCUUCAUGAACCUUUUACCUGGACUAAACUUUGACUGACUUUGUGCGCAGCUCUUGUACAGACUGUAAUUAAUGGUUUUCCUGAACCCAGCUAAUACUUGAAAUUCUAUUUGUGUAUUCUUUAAUUACGGUCUUUCGGUGUCAUUGCCGCAUUGAUUACAUACUCGUAGAUUCCAACAUGUGACCUUUGAAACAAUCGUGUAUAGAGCACGUGAAAAAUUACAUUCAUUCCGAAAUUAAGGUGGUUCAUCUUGUGUUUACCAAACAUUUUGAGGA